AUGUGUGUACUGUAUCUCGCACCGUAUAUCAGUACGCAUACCAAGUUGAACCACAAACAGAUCUCGGUCAGCGCAAGAGAUCUCGGUCAGCGCAAGAGCGCAAGAAGUCCUCGUACACUCUACGCGCGCGCCUUCAGCGCCCCGCUCUCCACCAACUCGCGCACCACGCUCGGCACGGCCUCCUUCAUCGGCUUUCGCUCAUCCCCGUCUCCGCUGCACGCGAGGGUCGACGAGGCGGAAUCACAGCAGGUUGAAAUGGAAAAUACGUGGGUUUCUGGUGGGAAAAACCACAAGACUUUCGUGGCGCCUGCUGGAGCUUCCGCCAUUACGUGCAGAAGGGAUCUCUGGCGCGAUGACUACGCGGAAAUGGACGGGUUGACCAAGAUGGUCAGGGUGACCAAGAUGGACGCGGUGACCAAGGAGAUAUCGAAGCCCCGACAUUCGCAGUUGUCCUCUGACACCCCGCUGCUGCACCUCAGCUUCGACCGCGACCCUCUCAUCGCCCCGAGCGACCAUGCCGCACAUGUCCUCGUCAUCGGCGGUGGCAUCAUCGGCCUGUCCACCGCCUGGACGCUGCUUGACAGUGGCUACAAGGUCACCGUGCUCGCUGAGGAAUACGCCACGCUCGACGGCAGCAAGCCGCGCCUCACGUCCCAGAUCGCAGGCGCGCUCUGGGAGUACCCGCCCGCCGUCUGCGGCCACACGUCGGACGUGACGUCCCUCGAGAUCUCCAAGCGCUGGGCCAUGGUCUCCUACCACGUCUACAAGCACAUGGCUGCCGACCUCGUCCUCGCGACCAAGUACAGCGUCAAGAUGCGCGAGACGGUCUUUUUCUUUGACAAGCACGUCAGAGACGACGCCGAGCAGCUGCGCAAGAUGCGCGAGAUCGAGCGCAGCGGCGUCGCCGGCUUCCGCCACGACACCAAGGUGAUCCACCAGCUCGGGCUCGACGAGAAGAAGUGGCUGGACGCGUACGAGAUCCUAUCGCCGCUCAUCGACACGGACAAGGCGCUGGUGAACAUCCAGAAGCUCGUCGUGGCGAAGGGCGCGACGCUCGUCACCGGGAAGGUCGAGAAGGACCUGCUGGAGGUCGAGCAGGAGCUGCGCAGCAAGUACGACGCCCAAGUGAUCGUGAAUGCCACGGGCCUCGGCGCGUGGACGCUCGCGAACGACAAGAACGUCUACCCGCUGCGCGGCGCUGUCCUUCGCAUCCCCAACGACGGCCAGAAGUUCGAGAAGAUCAAGAAGGCGCUCGUCGUGAGCGCCGUCGACGUGCCCUCCGAUAAAAAUCCGAGUAAGUUCAUCUUCAUCGUACCCCGCAACGACGGCAUCCUCUACGUCGGUGGCUUCUCCGAGCCCAACAAGACGGACUUCAUCCCCGAAGACGACCCCAACGUCCUCAUGAUGGCGCGCGAUGCGGAGGACUUCUACACCGAGCUCGAUACCGAGCGCCGCGACUCGGCGUUCCCGCUCGCGCAGGGCUUCCGCCCCGCGCGCAAGGGAGACGUGCGCGUCGAGCGCGAGCUGCGCACGCCCGCUGGGAGCACGGACAAGAACUGGAGGCCGAUCGUGCACAGUUACGGGCACGCGGGCGCGGGGUGGUCGCUCGCGUUCGGGAGCGCGCUAGAGGUAAAGGCACUGGUGGAGGAUGUGCUCGAAGGUCUGCCGGCCCAUUCGAUGAAGGAGGCGGCGCCAAGCGUGGUGUCGCAUGCGCAGGCCGCGACCACGCCUGCGCAGGCUGCAAGCGCCUGUCUUCGGCUGUCCUCCCCUUCGUCCUGGUCUUCGAUAUAUCUGGACGAUACUUCGCAGAUCAGCGACAUUCAACGGCUGAUCCACCGCGUCACGGCCGCCCUCACCUGCGCUCGCAACGCACACACCACCGUCAACAAGCCGUCAUCCGAACUGCUCCAGCCCAUCUUCGCCUUCGUGCAGCCAUCUUACGAGGACUGCGCCAGCGUGGCCUUCUUACAAAUCUCUUGA